AAGAAGACGGGGCGAGGGAGGGCGCACGACCAACGUGGUAAUAAAAACCCGCACAGUUAAAAAGAUGGAAGUUCUAGGGGGGUGGAUUCUCUGGUAAGCAGGGAAAGGAAUCCGGCCGCGGACGGGUGUGAGCGGCGUUUUUAAGCACUCCGCUGAUCAAUAGCGGUGGAUCUCUCCCCAAAGGGCCAUGACUUGCUAACCAAGAAAGAGCAGCAACGACAACUCUGGGAAGCUAAAUGACAAAUGUGGAGUUCUGCCUCCUACAAGGGCACAGAGAAAUGAUGACCUACCCUGAAUGUGAAGCAGAGGACAGUACCUGCAGAGACCUGUGUGAUCGCCAGCCGGACUAUGGAGUUGCUUGCCAGGGAAAUGGAGAAGACCUCUGGGAUGCUUUUGGGCUCCUGCAGAUUGAUGUGGGCUGUGACAGCGUUAGGAGCCAGUUCCUGGGAAAUGAGACUGGGUAUUCGAGAAAUGUUUUAAGGAAGCAGAGAAACUGGGAGAAGAUAAUUUCGGCAAAGAAGAGGAAACGGAAACACGAGAGAGAACGGCGUAGAGCUAAACUUGCUGACGAAAGAGAUCCAGCCCCCCAACUCAGUAAGCGAGAUUUAAAAAGGAUCACAAGAGAGCGCCUUCUAGGAGCCAAGGAAACAGGCCCUCGGCUGUGUGUUGACCUGAGUAUGACCACUCACAUGACUAUAAAGGAAAUAAGCCGCCUUGCUGCUCAGAUAAGAAGGCUGUACGGAGCUAACAAGAAAUCCCAGAAGCCCUUUUGGCUGUACCUCACUGGGUUUGUCCAAAACAGUCCAAUCGCUGAAGAGUGCCUAAGGAUGAAUGAUGGGUUUAGCAAUUACCUUAUUGAUGUCACACCAGAAAGUUACCUUGACCUAUUUCCAUUUGAAACAAUUGUUUACCUCACUCCAGAUGCUGAGGAAGGUAUGUUGUGCCGCUGAGGUGAAAGACU